UUGAAUUCAAGUCAUUUGCGCUUCUUAACCAACGAACCAUGUAUCUCUUUCUUGUAUCAUGCCUUUUAAUGGCAUGCAGCUCGAAUGGUAAAAAUCAAAAAACAGUGGGUAAUGUUGGUGGUGAAUUCUCUUUUGCGAACUUCAACGAACAUCUGAAUUCCUAUCUUGAGGUGCAAGCGCUAGUAAGGACGAUGGAACCGAAUUUGAUGAUGUGCUGGGAGAAGUGCAUGGAUGAGUUCCCGUCUUGUUUGUCGAUCAAUGCCGGUAAAAAGGAUUCUCCUGGUUCGAUUUAUCAAACCUGGUGCGAACUUCUGUCUGAUGACAAGAGUAACGCGUCAGACAAGUUCAACUUUAACACGUCGUCAAACCAUUACAGCAUUCCGAAUCCUUGCGACCAACUGAAGUGUGCGAAUGGUGGGAAAUGUCGCGCGAACUAUGGCGAUAAUACUGGCAAAUGUCAGUGUGAACCCGGCUUCACCGGAAAAACUUGCGACACCGCCGUUGACGAGUGCGCAAGUGUUCCGUGUAAGAACAAUGGUACUUGCCAAAACGAUGGAAACAGCUACAUAUGCACAUGCGCAGAGAAAUUCGGCGGGAAAAACUGCACACUGAAUUGCCCGGCACUUGGCAUGGAGGACCGCAGGAUUCUCGACUCUCAUAUAACGGCCUCAUCGUCCAAACACAAUAGUUAUUUUGCACCCAAGUACGCACGCCUGCGCAAUACAUUCCAAGGUGGCGUUACGUACGGGUGUUGGCGGCCAGGAGGACAACUGGUCGAUGAGUAUUUACAGGUGGAUUUACGCACGGUGAAGAACAUCAGCAAAGUCGCCACUCAAGGCCAGCCCUAUUCCAAAAAUGAUCCUGACCACACCUACUGGGUGACGCGUUAUGCACUCAGCUACAGCCUGGACGGUGUCAAGUGGACGACCUACCCGCAUGAAUUUCCUGGAAAUACCGACCUUGAAACAGUGGUGUCACACACCCUUCCGGUCGCCAUACAGGCCAGGUACAUCCGGUUCGUGGUGAAGGCGUGGAAUGUCAACCCUGCGAUGAGAGUCGAGAUCUACGAGUGCAAGGCCUAACUCAGGAUAAAGUGAUAGCCGAAUGAUUUUUUUUAUUUAAGGGUCGUUUUGUGUCUUUUGUAAUCAUCAAGCACCAGGACCGUAGCAGGGGUGGGGCACUGGGGGCACGUGCCCCCCAAAUAUUUUCAAAAUCUAUAAGAAAUAAACCAGAAGGGGCGUGGCUGUUCCCACAAUAUUUUCUUAAUCUUUCUGGAUCGUGCCCCCCAAUAUUUCGAAGCCUGCUACGGCAGUGAGAAUAAUCGCUUUGCACGUUCAUCUGGUUUGUCUAUAGCUCGUCUAUAGUAUUUCUAGUUAUACACUCCAGAAUGUUUAAAGUGCACCAAUUACCAGGAAGCGUAGAUUAGAGGAUGGUAGAAAUGUCUGUGUGCUACACUGGUUGGAUCGAUAGCUCUGGCACCAGUCAGCCAACAUGUCUAGCGGUUUGAUAGAGAUACCACUUCGCCUUAUCGGUCUCAUUUGCAGUGAAAUUCUCGAUUUUAUGUAGCAUGCUUUGAAAUUUAAUCUUUUUAAAGCUUUAAAACGGGGCAGGAGUAUGUUAUGAUUAAUAUCGACUUUUUCUUGCUCAUAUCAGCACUUCAAGACGAUAAUUAGGUGCCCUAGGUGGAAAAUCAUGCUUGCCUAUUUUUGUUUUACGUUACUUGCUAUUUAUCAUGUGUUUCUUGCCAGUUUCAGGUUCCGGUAUAAAAGGCUUAGCUCCGCCCACAAUAAAUGGAGUCUUUUUUUAAAUUCAAAAUGGCGGGUCAGAAGAAAGAAAUGGGGGAGCGUAACUUUUCGCUAAAACGCUAACUAAAACUCGAAGAAUAUCGUUUAAAUAGACAUAAAAUAUAAUUUAACGUGUAAAACAAUCAAUAUAUCAAGUUUAUUUGAACACACAUCACUCGAAAGUCGUCUUUCCAACGCGUUUCAAAUUUCGCGCCUAAACAAGCUGACCAGCCAAAAAAGACAAAAUAUACACAAUGGCCGUUUCGACUUCGACCCAGCUUUUACUCUUCCAUGCGAACAUGAGCCCCUAAACAACCUCAAAAGCAGAACUUCAUAUCGUGAUAUGCGUAAGAAUUAAUGCGUAAAAGUCCAUCUGGCUGCCGAAAAACCCAUCACGGAGGCCAGCACUGAGCUCAACAAAAAGUUUACACACCUCUCUUCGCUUUUGGCCUUUCGCUCGAGAUCAAUGCUUUUAUCAUUAGCUAAGUAAAUGCGUUUGAGAGGACAAAUUAUUUGAAAAAUGGUCAGGGAAGCGGAUUUAGAUUACGAGGGCUUAUAAGUACUAUUGUUGUGUGGGUGUAAAACCUAAAACCUGUGACCCCAAAAGCUACGACCCCAAAAGAAACGACCCCCAAAAUAUUGCCGUUAUUAUUUAGCCUACCUUUUUCCCUAAAUGGCUACACAGCGUGGAAGUUUCAAGUGGAAUCAGUGAUCCUUAUGAGAUAAUUAGCUUGUAAUUUGUUUUUAUUUUUAAUUGGGAAAUAGGGGAAAAGCUUUACUUGUGUUUCCAGAUGGUCGUUUCUUAAAACGCCGAUAAACUCAGAAACCCGGAAAGUAAACAUUUUCGGGUGUUUCUUAAAAAUCUUUGCCCGCUAACUUUCGGGAAAUCGCUUCAUGUUCUACUUGUGUCGAGUUGUAGAAAGUUUUCAUAACAGAGAAAACCAUUCCACUGCCCGGUAAAAAGUGGGCCAAUCAAGGCUAACAUCAUUUAAUGGGAUUUCCUUCCAACCAAUCAGGUUUAACCUCUGUCAAAUGAUUUGACAUUUAGCUGUCACAGUGCGCCUAAAAUAAAAAUAAACAGCUUUGCGAAAUUAUUAGAAGUUUUUUCUACAAAAUGAGACUUUAUUUACUUGUUCUUUGUCUUUCUUUCGAAAAAUGGCGAUGCCACAGCAAUGUUUGGGGUGCAAGUUGUCUACAGACAUCGAUAAAACUAGGAUUUCAAAAAAUAUUCAGCCAAUGUAUACAUAAACUUUGAAAAUUAUAAUUUACUUGUCGGGAACCCGUAUCGGCACGCUACGCUAAAGCUUUGGUUUGAUAAAACACUCUUCCUCGCCAGGGAGUUCAUAAACUUUUCUUGGGCGUUUCUCUAUAUUACCUGUAAUUACCGGGUCGGUUAGGUUACCGGUAGUGUUUUCGGGAUAAUCGGGCAAAGGAGCGUGUCUGAAAAAUGAGUUCAACUACAAUUUUCAACAGGACAAAUAACAACGACGACUAUAAAAAUGGUUUGUUCAUUGGCGCGCGCGAAUGAGAAUAUAAUAUAUUUCUUUCAUGAAAGCACAACAAAAUUGCUGAACUACCUUAUUAGGAUCGCUAGAAUCCAUAUGAAACUUUCGCGCUGUUUAGCCAUUUGGGAAACAAGGUAGACUAGUUAAUAACUGCAAUUUUUGAGGGGUCGUAGCUUUAGAGGUCGUAGCUUUUGGGGUCACAGGUUUAAGGUAUUAGGUUUUAGGUCUUCGAUUUGUAGACACCCGUUGUAGUGUAGAAAGAUCAAAUCGGGUCCGGUCUUUUUUAUUCGACCUACAACGAAUCAGUAGAAGCUCUGUGUACAAGCCUAGGAGAUAAAGCAUUUUGAAAUUAUGGUGGGCUCUUUUUUUUUUUUGUUUUAUUUGUAAGUAACCAUACUGUACAUUGAAACUUAUUAAAAGUAUUUUACAUAAGAAACAACAAAAUAACGAAUUACUAAACUUAUCAGAGUAUAUCAGGUGCUUAUCAGAGCAACUAUGCCCAUCUCUUGUCCCUGAAUAUAUUAAGAAAUCUCCAGAGAAUAAUUAUUUGCUUUUCUCCAAUGGUGUAUGUGUUAUAGGUAAAAAAGAGUAUUGAAAUUUCUGACAUCCUUUCCACCCUCUAUUAUUAUUUUUUUAUUACAGUACUCUAUGAGAUAUACCUGUUAACCUUCUUAGGUGAGGAGUGUAGGGAAAAAUACAUUGGAGGUAGAAGGAAGAAAAUAAUGACGAGAGAGUUUGUUAAAGAUGUUGCUUUUGUUGGCUUAAAAAUGUUAUAAGUGUAUGGUAGCCCCCGCCCCAAACAUCUUUUUGGGGAUAAUAUAUUAUUCUGACUCCCCUCCAUGCCAUGAAUUGGCUUUCUUCCUUGACUUUAAUCCUCAAAUUAUAAUUAAGAUUCUAAAGUAUAUACUAUCAAAUAUAAACACACGCUAUUGUUAGCUGUACAUGUAGGCAACAAAAUCAUAUUUUAAUAAUUAUCAUAAGGAAGCUUGAUUAUAACAAUUUUACAGAUAGCAGCACAUAAAGCAAUCAUGUAAAUACCCUUUUCUGCUUUUUCGUUGCAAGCUCUUACUAUUAUUGUGUUUGAUGCAUAUUGCAUGAUUCAUGUUUUCUAGAACAUCCUUGGAAUGAAGCUUAGUUCUUUUGCA